AUGGCUUUUUCUGAAGAAUCAUUAAGAGAGAUUCUACUGAGUUUACCUGUGAAAUCGUUGUUAAGAUUCAAAUGUGUGUGCAAAAAAUGGGGCAAUCUUAUCAAUAACCCUAGCUUCACUAUAGACCACUGUAAGAAGAAGAAGCCUCCGCAACACUUGAUUUAUGAUUAUGGUGCAACCGAUGAUGCUCCGACUGUCACUUUGGUUUCCGAUAAGGGUAUAGAUGAACAAAAAAAUUUUCAAAGAUUUGGAGAUAAUAUUACCAACUUGUUAGGUUCUAUUGAUGGUGUGUUUUUCAUAGAAAGACAAAUUGAUAAUGCCAUUUUGUGUACAUUAUGGAAUCCAGCUAACAGAGAGGUGAGACACCUCCCUGCCGCAACAAUUGAUUUUAUACCUUAUAAUAAACACUAUCGUCAUUUAGUGUUCGGAUUAGAGCCUAUGACUAAGGAUUAUAAAGUGCUUUACUAUGAUCCUUUGAAAGAAUAUGCAGCGGUCUACUCAGGUUGUAGGGAUUCAUGGAGAAUAUUCAAACAUAACCUAGACGUAGACGUAGAUGAAAAUAAUAUAUUUGAAAUAAACAGUUUAAAAACUACUGAUUAUCUGAAUGGAUAUUACUAUUGGCUGGUAAGGGAGAAUAAUAAAUGUAGAAUUGUUUCAUUUGACUUUGGGAAUGAGGUGUUUGUAGAUAUGGAAGGGCCACCAGCUGGUCACGAGGAUUAUCAUUGGUUGGCAAGUCUGAUGUUGCUUGGUGACUCCCUUGGCAUCUUGAACUUUGUCGACGGGUUUGUUCAUGAUGUAUGGAUAAUGAUACAACCAGGCGUUUGGAACAAACUUGUGACCAUUCAUCUCACUACGCGUAUUAAGUCAUAUUAUGACAACUCUAUCAUUUUGGUAACUAGAAGUUCCCGACUGGUCUCAUAUAAUGUUAGGACAAACAAGACAAGGCUUUUUGAAUUUCGUCAUCAUGGCCUGCAUUCUAAUCGAGAUUUUGGUGGUUGUGAGGUUUACUAUUAUAAAGAGAGCUUAGUAACAAUUAAACGACAAGGGAAUAGUGAGCUCCAUCUCAAUCGUUGUAUGACAAGGGCCACAUAUUAA